UCCAAUAAAGAGAUUUGAGUUUGCUGCCUUCCCCCCUUCUUCUUUUUCUUAUCCUCUUACAUUUCUGUUCAAGACCCAUUUCCAUUAUUUCUUGAUUCAUUUGUUUCAAUGGAUUCUCCCAAGCCAUUGGAAUCUAAACAGGAGAGGAAAAGCAAGGCUUUCUUGUGUCUUGCUGUGAUUGUUGGAUUACUUCUUUUAGCCAUUCUUCUCCUUUUGAUUUUAAGCUUUACUGUUUUCAAACCAAAAGAUCCUAUCAUUUCCAUCAACUGGGUCAGUGUGGAGGGUGUCAGUGUCUCAAUAGCUCCAAUGAAUUCUUAUCUGAAUUUGACCCUUCUCAUGGAUACUUCAGUUACAAACCCCAACAAGGUUGGGUUUAAGUAUGGUGAUAGUUCAGCUUGGUUGUAUUACCGAGGUCAAGUUGUAGGUGAAGUGCCGAUCGCUGCCGGGGAUGUAUCUUCCGGGGGAACAGUUGAGAUGAUAAUGCCACUUACACUAAUGGCUGAACAACUGCUCUCUAAUCCCUAUCUUUAUUCUGAUGUGAUCUCUGGUACACUUCCACUUUCUACUUAUACAAGAAUUGAUGGAAAGGUAUAUAUUCUAAAUAUGUUUAAGCAUCAUUUAGUGGUUUAUUCCUCUUGUAUUGUUGUUGUGAAUCUUCGUAACGCAACGGUGAUCGAUUCGGAGUGCAGAUACAAGAAUGGGUUGUGAAUACAUGAGUUUCAGAAUGGUUUGUAUCAUACAGAUUGGGUUUGAUCAACAAAAAAAUUUCUACUGGUUUGGCCAUUCAGUAAAUUCUUUGUGCUCUAGACUCAAUUUGUAACCAUAGUGUCAAUAAGAAUGACCAAGUCGUAUUUA